UAUUUCAUUCCUCCUCCUCCUCGGUCAAACGAUUUGCUUCUCCACCCACUACGUUUACCAUUUAAAAACGCUUGCUUCGAUCCUUAUUUCUGAACCCAAAUCCUUCGUAAGGUUUUCAGAUCCUCAUGGCAACAGCCAUCAGAUACACAAGGAAAGACUUGGAAACAAGUGCGAGGAAGACGAGCAUGAAGGUCGUGGCAUCAGUCCAAGAGUUCGACUUCGGCACCGUGACCACCGUCCCCUACGGCAGUGCUCCGUCGAGCCCCAAGCACUCGGACGACCCCUUCGCCCUCUACUGCCGUUGCACCAGUGCGCCCACCAGCCCAACUCAUGCCGCCGCCGUCUGUGCACGCUUCUGCGGCAGUGGCUGUCUUCCGCCCUCGCGUUCCUCGCACACCUCCCGCGUCCCUUUCGUCUGGGAAGAGAAGCCCGGCACCCGCAAGUCUCAUUUCAGCUUCCCUGGUGAAGAUGACAACGGCGACAAGCUCCGCUUCGCUUUCGGUCUCAGAGGGAAGAAGCCGGGAACCACGGUCGACGACGGUCAGCUCUUUGAGGAGGGAAGAGCUCCGCCCCUGAAGCCGCCUCCUCGUCUUCAAUACCCAACGUUGGACGACGGAGUCUGUGUCACCUCAUCCCCGCGGUCUCCGAGGCCCCCCCGAUUGAGGGGUUUGUGGUCUGCCGGCCACCAAGGUAAGGGAGGAGCGGAAGAAGAGCUUGAUCCCUUCACCAUUGCGAUGAUGGAAGCAACAAGAGACGGACCAGGGAGCGAGAAGGCUACUGCCUCUAGCUUUGCCAAUCGGGCCAAGGGCGGCGCAAGCAGCAAGUGGCGACUGCGGGAGCUGCUCCUGUUCCGGAGCGCGUCAAGGGAGCUUCUCGGCAGGUACACUUUUCUGUCGUCGUCAUCAUCAUCCAACGCAAACUUCGUAUCGACGCACGGCCAUAAUUCAUCGCAUGAAGACGGGGCAGCAUCGGAGGAGCUGAAGAAGACGACUGCUCCGCGACACCGGCAGGGCCUCCUCAGUCGCAUUCGCUUCCGCGGCUACCCCUUCAACCGCGGACAUUAAUGGAAAUCAUGCUGUUAUCUCUUUGGUGGGAUUUCGAUUCUCAAUUGCUUGAUGUAGAUUUAUCUACUGUUUCCUUGUGUUGUAGUAAUGGAAAGACUCGGAUGCAAUAACAUCAUCUCACUGUUCCUCGGUGA